AUGGCUACCGAUCCUCUCCCCGAGCCUCGCUUGUUCAACAUCGAAGGGCCAGUCCCAAGCGUCGGGUUUCUGGGCGGUCUCCCAUGUGGAGGAUUUCUCAUGUUUUGGGGUCGAGAUGGAGGCGUUUGGUACCAGCGAGCAGGAGGACCAUCACGGCUUCUGGUCCCUUCUGCCUGCGACGAGGCGAAGUUGGCCUCAGAUCAUGGUCUCGAUAUGUGUGUUUCGCUGGAUCUCCUCUCGGACUGUUCCGUUGGAGACGCGUACUCAAGAGAGGAAUCUCUCUUUCCAACGGCAUUCAACAUGGCUGUCCUUACUCAGCCUAGCAGCUUUGCCGUGCCCCCAACUGAUAGAACUAUCAUCAUCCAAAUCUGGCGAGUCGACGUGGAGGUGGAACACACCAAUGGCGAGGUGUUGGGAUACAGUGCUCGGUUGUUAGGCUCGUUCAUUGAGCCCGACAGGCGACGCUUCUGCUACUCAAUGUCGUUGCACGGAACCCAUAUCGCGUACUUCACAGGCAGACCUCACGAUGUACAAGUUGUCUUCAUCCUUGAUUGGACAACUUGCGACACUGCGAAUGUAUCUCGCGUUGUAGUCAGCGGGGUCGGUGGUACGGCCGGAAUUCUACUUCCCAACGACUGUCUGUUUGUCAGCGCACGUCAGAGUGUCCAGAUUUGGAGCUGGGGGUCUUUGGCUCCCACUCCCCUCGUUCCCGAGGCCUACCGCAGUUGGACAUCAAGAGAAGCCAAGUUAUUGUGGGCAUCCCCGUCCAUCAGAGCCCCUCACGUCAGGCACUGCAACCUUUUCCCAUAUUUUGUCCACGAUUCCACCCGCAUCGUCAUACCUAGCUAUGAUGGUCUCCUUGGAUUCAAAAUCCCGUUAUCAUCCUUGCACGCAGGCUCCAGCGUAACACCCGAAAUGAUUCACCUCUCCAAAGGUCCAGUUCAAUCCGAAGAAUAUCAGUAUUGGUUCGGCUACCGAGCAGGAAUACAAUACGAUAACCCCUCCGAAUCCUACGUUGUUUAUCAAUAUUCCUGGGAGGGGCAAGGCGAAACGGUCGAGCUCUCCCGAGCAUGUUUGCCCUCAUUCGAGGGCGAAUUUCACACAGGCGCUGGAAUUUAUUAUGACGAUGCCCAUGGAUGUUUGGCUGCAUUUGGCUUUGGGCUCGAGCACGGCGUGUCCUUUUCUCUGUCCGCGAUCUCGUAG